AACUACAACUCCCGGCAACUCCCAGCAAAGAAGUGCCGCCCUGCUCUCGAGUGAUAGAGGAAGACGAAGGGGAGGGAAAGAGCAAGCUUUACAUUGACUGUUAUUUAUUCCGUCAUUUCUAUCGUUCCGUUCAUGCUCUGAACCAAGUCCACCCUUCCAGAAGCAACGGACCACCCGUGUUUCCCCGGAAGCGUAGUGGGAGUCCAACACUCUAGCCUUCCGUAGAAUGUCUAUCUCUAUGCUGGGCGACGUCUUCCUCCGUCGCCCAGGAGAGGUGGAGGAGGAGGCGCCCGGAAGUCUCGCGAGGCUUCGCGGCGGGGGCUCCCCAUCCGUGCUCUCCCUCCCCCGCUCGACCGGAUGUUGAUGUUGCCGGGGCCUUCCCCUCCCACUUCCGCUACGCCCCUCUGUCAGCGCCGGCGUUGCCUGCGGGCGAGGCUCCUGCCCGCUCCCACUUCCCCAGCAUGGGGGGCGCGGGUGGAAAUGAUCAGUUUUGUCUAGCGUUAUAAUAUGGUGGCUGGGACAGUUUCUGCCAUGGCAUCGGAACUUUGUAAAACAAUCUUGGAGGCAAAGCUUGAAAGACACAAGAACUUAUUCUUAAACUACCGAAAUCUGCAUCACUUUCCUUUGGAAUUGCUGAAGGAUGAAGGUCUGCAGUACUUGGAGCGACUUUAUAUGAAAAGAAAUUCUUUGACUUCCUUGCCAGAAAACCUUGCCCAGAAGCUUCCAAACCUUGUGGAACUGUAUCUCCAUUCAAACAACAUUGUUGUCGUACCCGAAGCGAUUGGCUCCCUGGUUAAACUGCAGUUUCUGGACUUGAGUGACAACGCCCUUGAGAUUGUGUGCCCCGAGAUUGGCCGCCUGAGAUCCUUGCGCCACCUUCGACUGGCGAAUAACCAGCUGAAAUACUUGCCAGCAGAGGUUGGAGACCUUAGAGAUCUGCAGACUCUGGACAUUUCAACCAAUCAUCUGAUAACUUUGCCUGAGAGGCUGCACACGUGCCUCUCCCUUCAGUACCUGGCUGCUGACCGGAACCAUCUCUGGUACGUCCCUCGUCACCUCUGCCAGCUCCCCAGUCUCAAUGAGUUGUCCAUGGCUGGAAACCAACUUGCGUUCUUGCCACUCGAUUUAGGUCGUUCUCGAGAACUGCAGUAUGUUUAUGUGGAUAACAACAUUCACCUGAAAGGGCUCCCCUCUUACCUUUAUAACAAAGUAAUUGGUUGUAGUGGCUGUGGUUCUCCUGUUCAGAAGUCGGAGGUGAAGCUUCUCUCCUUUUCGUCAGGCCAGUUGACUGUUUUCCUCCCAGCCGAGGUGAAGUCGAUAGGGACCGAGUCGGAUCGUGUGCUGCCGUUACAAGAGAUGGCCAUGCGGACGCUGUAUAAUACCUACUGCCAGUUUUUAAAAGACCUGAAGUUCCUGACGCCGAUCUCAUUACCCAGAAGCCUCUUGGAAUUGCUGCUGUGCCCUCUGGGACAUUGCCACCGUUGCAGCCAGCCCAUGUUUACUAUUGUCUACCCAAAGCUCUUUCCCCUGAGAGAGACGCCGAUGGCUGGGUUGCAUCAGGGGAGGACAACUGUUAGUUUUGUGGCCUACUGCUGCUCCACCCAGUGUCUGCAGACUUUUGACCUAUUAAGUUGAUAAACACUGAAAGCUGUGUGGGAGCCGCGCCAGCGCUAGCUGCAAGAGGCUGUGUCCCCUGAUGGCGCUGGAAUCCUCUGCGUGUGCCCGUGUGCCAAAGCGGCAGGAGGCAGGCUCAGCCAGGAACACCGAGAGCCGCUUGAAUCCUGCGCCCCUAUCAAAUUUGGACACGAGGCAGGAACUCUCUUGGAAGCAUUUCUGUGCUCCAGCUUUAGAAAACCUUAACACCUUCCUGUGUGAAUCAAAACACUGGGCAAAGAAACGACCUCCAGGGCUUCGCUCUUGUGUCUUUUCAGUGGGAUUCUGGGUGCAUCCAGACACACCUUCAUUCAAAGUCCUUUCCCUCCUUUGGAUGAUUUAAACUGGUGUUUUAACCAUUUGUAAGACGAAAACUUUUGUUUGGUCACACACACACCCCCAGUAUUUCGCUGCCGCGCACUUCAGCGCAGCCGUUUAAGAUAACAGUUUUUGGAUUGGUGGGAGAGUUUUAGCCUCCACAGUUUCAAUUUGGGAUCCAACCUUUUCCUCCCCAGCUUAUCUUUCAACAGUUAGUGAGCUGUAUGAUUCUGCUUCUUGGAAAACGUAAUCCUGUUUGAAUUCUGUUUGCUGCGAGAUAGAGAUGUGCACGGAACCAGUCCAGCGGCCCUUUAUGGACCUCCAAACCAGUUCGGGUGUCCCGUGGUUUGGCUGGUUUGAAGGUGGGGAGGGCUGUCUUUUUAAGGAUGGGGAGGGUGUGCACAUGGACCAGGCACUUGCAGUCCGAGGGACCGUUUUAAAAGACAGUGCCGGCGGGAGAAACACGGCGGGAAUGGUAAGAGCACCCUCCUCCAUCCUUAAAGAUAUCACACACACACACACACACACACACCCUUCGAACUGGCAGGUGCUGGUUCCAUGCACACCGCUACUGCAAGAUAUCCCUGUCUGCCUGUGAGUGGGUAGGGAGAAUUUGGACUCCACGCUGUGUGCAAGGUGGAAGCGCUAAUGGGAAGCCACAGGAAAACGGAGAUCCUGCUCAUGGUUGAUCCUUCUCUAAUCGCUUUUCAUCCUGUGCUCUUGGACAGGCAAUAAGGGUUAAAAAAGAGAGUUUGGAUGAAUUGACAAGCGCCAUUAACUGCUCUUGCUGUGCCCUUACGAAAAACUUGAAUGUGGACGUGAACAGUACUUGUUUUGUAAGGUGUGAAAUGGUGGGGGUCUGCAUAGCCGUCGUAUCAGAAUUCUGGCUGAUUUCCAAAAUAGCUUCAGUCAGACAUCCUGACAUCAGGGGAGGCCUCAGAAGGGAGAGCAGGAGAAGCUCACUUUCCCCUAAUGUUGCUUCUCAAGGGCCGUGGCAGCAUUUUAGCAUACACUCGUGACCAGAAGGACCGCGCAGAUAUCAUUACUGCUCUCUGUAGAUUGUUCCUGGGAAACUUUCGCUGCCCUUGGCAUGAAAGCCGGAGGAAAGCCCAGAACGAGGCCAUCGCUGAUUUAAAAACAAGGCCAGAACAAAGCACAAACUGACUGACAUGGUUUACAAAUGUUUAUUUUGAUUGAUGCAUUGUUGUGGUAGAGUGACCACAAAUUGGUUGCAGGUUUUGACACAAGACAUCUCUUUUUUAGUAACAUGCCGGAAAACCAGAACCUUGGAAACCCCGUAAGGAAGGAGGAGGUUAGGAACCUGCUUGUGAUGUGUGCAGGUGGCAGGAACCAGGGACAUCCAGGUUACCUCGGAAGUGGGCUGCUUUUCAAAUGUAUUGUUGGUAGCUAAAGGCAGCCUCUUUGUUCCCUAGAGGAGUCCCUUUGGAGACACUCUUCUUAAGACGAAGAAAGCAAUCCCUCCCGUCUCAAAAGAGAGCGCUGCACAUUAUACAGGAGGCGGUGAUAGAAGUUGGGAUGCUCUCUGGCGACCGGUGCGGGCCCCAUCAUUUUGAAUGCCUGGGCCAUGUCUCAGAAGCUCCUUGGGUGUAGGAAGCCAGAGGCUUAGCCUAAUCCUUGCCCUGAAGUGCCAGGGGAGAGCUUUUGGCAUGGCUCUGUGUUCAGAAGUGUAAGGUGGUCCCCCUCCCGUGGGCUGAAGCAAGGGGGCCUGGGAUUCUCUCGCCUCUUCCAGCUCUUCAAAGCUGAGCUCUACAGCCUGGAAGAAGCGGUAGAAUUCUGGAGCAGUUGAAUGGACCCUCUUCGUUCAGGCACUGCUUAGUGAGGAACCACUUUCCAGGGCUUUCUGGGUUAAAUGCUUUCUGUCAGUAAAGCAAACAAUGCCCGUGCUGGGAAAGGUUCCUGCCUAACGCUUUGCCAGCUGGGACGUCUUCAACGUGUAGCAGAGCAUUUGACAAUGUGGUUCAUCCCACCCAUCUUCCCCCCCGGGCUACAGUCCAGAGUGGUCCUGUCCGUCCGGUCCCUGCCUGUCUGCUGCUCCCACAACAGGAGCUCCUGUGGGAAAUAAGUGCUUUGGACUGGCAAAGCUCUUCCUCCCAUAACUGCCCUCCCUGCUGCCCUGGCCUGUCCCUCAUCUUCCCCUGGCCUCCCAGGAACAAAGGAGUGGCCCAAGUGGAUAAAGGAGGGCACCCCGAUUUGGGGGUUCUUCCUUCUCUCACUGGUGGUUGGACACUUGCUUAAACCCGCACUGGCCAGUGCUUGUGGUGGGAGGAGCAGCUCACUCUUGAGUUUCCCCGUUGCAAGCGAGCAGCUGUUCUCCUCCCCUCCUUUGCACGCAAAGGGAGCACUGUCUCCUUACUGGGAGAGCAUGGAGAGGCCUCAUCCCAGUCCACUCCCUGUUGGCGAUAGUUACGUCUGGGAGGGCAGCCUCUGAGUGUCCCAACUGCACCGUUUCCCAUCUGAGCACGGGUAGUGCAUAGCCAGGCCUCGACCCCACGGGCAUCUACUGUGCAGCUUGGGCAGGUGUAGACGUGAAGCUUGGCUUGAACUGCAAUUCUUUCGCACUCCCCCCAAAUAAAACCCCCAAACCGAAGCAUCUGAUGGAGUCGGUGGUUUUUCUUUUGGAUUUCUGCUCCUCCUGCUUGCAAGCCUGUUUACUAGGCCAACAAGAUCAAUAUAUGAGCAGUCCGGUGAGCCAGCCAAAGGGGCUGUUUCAUAAGCAUUUAGGAAGAUGCCUUAUUUGGCCCCAAAGGGCAGAGCCAAGUUAUUUAUUAUUAUUAUUUUAUUAAAACUUUUAUACCGCCCUUCCAAAAGGCUCAGGGCGGUUUACAUUAAAGUUCAUGGAGAAUUCCUUGGUGUGGGUUGCUGGCCCUCUAGGAUCCCAAGUUGCGUAGUGCAACCACCAGCUGGUGUUGGGUUUUCCCCGAUCAAAGGCCAAAUAGGCAGGUGUGGAAGAGGCACGGGCCACAGGGGGGGGAACACACACCCAUCUCCCCCCUGCCCGCUAUUUCUUGCAGAGGGAAGGGGGCAGAAGGAUAACCAUCCAGGCUGUCCUGCCUCGGUUCAAGGCCAACACUGACAUUUAAGUGAGAGCCCGACUAAGCAGUGAUGCCGAUCCAUUUGGACUGCUCUGUUAGAGCACCCUGGGGAUUGAGCCCUUGUCCAACUUAAGGUCCUCGGUGAGCCUCUAGCAUGGACUUCAUCUGUGCAAACUCCUUUUGUGUUGGAAGCUUCUGGUGUCGGCUUCAGGGCUGGCUGGCCGGCUGCCUCACCACACCUGUGCAUCUAAUUUCUCAUUCCUCAGUUGCAGCUGUGGCAGGCCCUAGCCACUCCCAGCAAGGAGGAACAUUUCCUUGGCCUCUCUCAACAGCACCUGUGCUCUCUCUAGGUGGCAUGAGCUGCAUUAGGUUGUGGCUGCAGGAUUUCAGGCAGUGAGGUGCAAGAGGACCCUGCACAGCUCCUGAGAACGCACCGACUGCAUUGCUGUGAUCAUGCAUGACCUACAUUCUGGGGCUGGUGGCCCCUCUGCUCUCCCUGAUCUUACUAUCACUGGGAUGACCUACAAAGAACUCCAAAGCUGUCUACUGAGAACUAUUAAAUAAGGAAGCCACAGGUGGAUGGAAAAAGAAAUUGGUCCUUGCGGACGCUGUGAUUACAGGCAUUGCUUAGCAAGCGAGAUACACAGCUUGGAGCUGGGGUCUCCCAGGAGGCUGGAAAAGGAGUCUGCGAGAGACGGCUGGUCGCGAGACGAUGCUAUAGGCACCCUUUCGCCUCAUUCUGUACCUUUUUGCGUGACUUGCUUUCCAGAACUUUGUUUGAAUGUGAACCUAUCCUUUUGAGCUGUUGAUUGAUUUUUAUUUAUUGUUCCAUUUACAUUCCGCCGUUCAUUAAAAAUAAUCCCAAGGUGA